GACUUGGAGUUUGUGUGGUUGCUGGCAUACCCGAUGGGAGCGGCAGAGGCGUAUCACGUUAUGAUCGGAAAAACUGCUGAUCGAGCCUUGUCAUUGUCGAGGACCCAGUGUUGGGGCGGGUCAUCAGCACAGCCCCAGCAGCAGGCCGGGUCAGCAUCACAGCCCCACCAGAGGUUCAGACCUUGCGGGGAGCCGAGA